AUGGGUUCAAGCAAUAUUAUUGAUGCGAGUGAAUACUUGGGGUGUUAUAGGCCAGAGGCUCCAAAGAGUUAUCUCACUCAUGAGUGCAGGGCUUUACAAGGCAUGAGGAUCAAAAGUUUGAAGGGGAGGGGGGUGUUAGAAUUUAGGGAAAAGUUGACCAAGUAUGCUAUUGAAACUAGUUUUCUUUUCAAGUACACACGGAAUACCUCAAGUCGUGUUAUUGCAGAGUGUGCUAAGAGAUAUUCUGAUGGUUGUCAAUGGUUUAUUCGCGCUUUGAAGAACAAGGUGAAUGGCUUUUUCUACAUAAAGAAGUUGAAUAAUGUUCACACAUGCAAAGGAGUUCUUAGGAAGCAAAAGAGUAAGCUUUUGGGGUCUCAUGUUGUGAAAUCGGAGAUUGCUAAUGAGUUGAAGUCUAAUCCUCAACUCAAGCCUAAAGAGAUUGUGUCUCGUUUGAAGCAUUCUUUUGGUUUAGAUGUGUCUUAUAGGACUGCUUGGUAUGGGAAAGAGUUGGCUAGAAAAGCUGUCCAUGGUCAUGAUGGUGACUCAUAUUCUCAACUGCUUUGGUAUCGUGAUGCUAUUUUAUCUAGUAAUCUGGGCUCUUAUUGCAUAUUGGAAACUGAUCAUUUAAGUAAUCAUUUUGUACGUUUCUUCAUUUGUUUUUCUGGUUGCAUUGAGGGCUUUAAGUCAUGCAUUCCGCUUCUGUUAGUGGAUGCUGCUCAUUUGAAGAGUAAGUAUAAGGGAUACAUGCUCUGUGCUACUGGAAAGAAUGGAAACCAAGAGUUCUUCCCCUUUGCAUUUGCAGUUGUAGAUUCUGAAAAUCAUACGAAUUGGAUUGGUUUUUUGAUCAUCUAUAUAACAUCUUGUCUCCGCAAGGAGAAUGUUAGAAGUGUGUACCGAAAGCAAUCUGAAAAUUAUUUUGUUGACAAGAUUGUGGAGGAAUUUACGAAAGUUGCUUAUUCACCUACAUUAGCAAGCUAUAACUUCAACUUUCACAACUUGAAGAAAGAAGGUGGUCCGCCUAUUGAAGAGUUUCUGCGAUCUUUGCCGUUGGAAAAGUGGUGCAAUGCAUUUUUCAAAGGAAACAUGUAUGGUGAAAUGGCAAAUAGUGUUGCCGAGUCAUUUAACAAUUGGACUAGAGAUUUGCGUGAGCUUCCUAUAUUUGAGAUAUUUGAAGGCUUAAGGGCUAAGGUUAUGGAGAAUAUGUCUGAGAGGAAGUUUGCAUGCAAGAGGUGGACCACUAUUUUGUGUCCUCCAAUGGAGGCUUUGUUGAAGAAAUCAAUGGAUAUUGGGCGGCAUUGGGCUGUUAGUAUGUCUAGUGAGACUGUUUUUGAAGUUCAUUCAGAUAAAUCAAUGGCGGUUGAUCUUGGGAACAGCACUUGCUCUUGCCGUCAAUGGCAAAUUAAUUCAUUCCCAUGUUCACAUGCUCUUGCUGCAAUCCAAAAGGUUGGAGUGGAACCUGUGUAUAGUUACAUUGAGCCGUUUUACACCUGUCAAAGCUAUAUGGAUUCCUACGCACAUGGUAUUCAUCCUAUACCAAAUAUGGAGAAGUUUUAUGAAGAUGCAGCUAGUUCAACUUCUGUCGUUAAGCCUCCAUUGGUUAGGAGGCCAUUCGGCUGGCCAAAAUCUGUUUGA